UUUCGAAAAGCAUUGUGGGUUGAGUUGCCGGUGGAAAGCUUCUCGAACAAACUGCAAAGAUGAUGCCCACACCGGUUAUCCUGCUGAAGGAGGGGACAGACACGUCUCAGGGCAUUCCCCAGCUCAUCAGUAACAUCAAUGCCUGCCAGGUAAUUGCUGAGGCUGUCAGGACCACCCUGGGGCCCAGAGGGAUGGACAAACUGAUGGUGGAUGGCAGAGGUAAGGCCACAAUCUCCAACGAUGGAGCCACCAUCCUGAAACUGCUGGAUGUGGUUCACCCCGCAGCCAAGACCCUGGUUGACAUCGCUCGCUCCCAGGAUGCUGAGGUUGGGGACGGCACCACCUCUGUCACUCUCCUGGCUGCUGAGUUCCUGAAGCAGUUGAAGCCGUAUGUGGAGGAGGGUCUCCACCCUCAGACCAUCAUCAGAGCUUUCCGCACCGCCACCCACCUCGCUGUUAGCAAGAUCAAGGAGAUUGCCGUCUCUGUGAAGAAAGAUGAUAAACAAGAGCAGAUGCAGUUGUUGGAGAAGUGUGCAGCCACAGCCCUGAACUCCAAGCUAAUUGCUGGUCAGAAGGAGUUCUUCUCCAAGAUGGUGGUGGAUGCUGUCAUGUCUCUGGACGAGCUGCUGCCUCUGAAGAUGAUUGGCAUCAAGAAGGUCCAGGGAGGAGGCCUUGAGGAUUCCGAAUUGAUCUCUGGGGUUGCGUUCAAGAAGACCUUCUCCUACGCUGGGUUUGAGAUGCAGCCUAAGCGCUACGAGAAUCCAAAGAUCGCUUUGCUCAAUGUGGAGCUGGAGCUGAAGGCUGAGAAGGAUAACGCUGAGGUCCGCGUGAAAUCUGUUGAGGACUACCAGGCCAUCGUGGACGCAGAGUGGAACAUCCUGUACGACAAACUGGAGAAGAUCUAUAAGUCUGGAGCCAAGGUGGUUUUGUCAAAGUUGCCGAUCGGUGAUGUGGCCACCCAGUACUUCGCUGACAGAGACCUGUUCUGUGCCGGCAGAGUGCAGGAGGAGGACCUGCGGAGGACCAUGGUGGCCUGCGGUGGCUCCAUUCAGACCUCAGUAGGAGCUAUGACAGACGACGUCCUGGGACAGUGUGAACUCUUUGAGGAGGUCCAGGUCGGAGGAGAAAGGUAUAACUUCUUUAAAGGCUGCCCGAAGGCGAAGACGUGCACCAUCAUCCUGAGGGGCGGCGCCGAGCAGUUCACAGAGGAGACGGAGCGAUCGCUGCAUGAUGCCAUCAUGAUCGUACGCAGAGCCAUCAAGAAUGAUUCCAUUGUAGCGGGUGGAGGAGCCAUAGAGAUGGAGCUGUCAAAGUACCUGCGGGAUUAUUCCAGGACCAUCCCUGGAAAACAGCAGCUGUUGAUUGGAGCGUACGCCAAGGCCCUGGAGAUCAUCCCCAGACAGCUGUGCGACAACGCCGGCUUUGACGCCACCAACAUCCUGAACAAACUGCGCGCCAAACACGCACAGGGCGGUAUGUGGUACGGCGUGGACAUCAACAGUGAGGACAUUGCAGACAACUUUGCUUCCUGUGUCUGGGAGCCGUCCAUCGUGCGCAUCAACGCUCUGACAGCAGCUUCAGAGGCAGCCUGCCUCAUCCUGUCGGUCGAUGAGACGAUCAAAAACCCCCGCAGCUCUAUGGACGGACCUCCAGGUGGCGGCAGGGGCAGAGGCCGUGGGAGACCCCAUGCUCACUAAGAGGAAGCAGGAACAAAACCCCAUUUUAAACUGGACUUAAAAUCUAAAUGUAGAUCAGGUUACAUUUAAACAAAGAUUGCGUUGAAUGUAUCUUGACAUGUUUGACCUGAAUUUGGAUUUGAAUUCUAGAUAAAAUGAGGUUUUCUAACCAGUCAUAGACACAUUACAAAUGGCAGGUGUAGUGAAACAAACAAAACGGGGGAAAAGAGAAGUUCGUCUAGUAAUUUCAAGACAGAUUCUUUGGACUUUGUCAAAGAUGGCUGACAUUUCUUGUGUUGUCCUUGUUUUUUUUCUUACUGAAGCUUUGACUUGCUAACGUCUGUUUAAAAUUUCACGCGCUGUUAUCGUUCCACCUGUGAUCGUUUUACUGAGAAAUGAUUCUGAAAUACAAGAAGAAUGAGAUCAAUCCCCCUUGGUUUUGAAUUAAACACACUCCUGUCCCCUCAGGGUCAGCUCUUCCUCUCUGACCUGAAGGAGCCGUCAUUUCUAAUCUGGUUUUUUUCUGUUACGUGACAAACUAUGUAACAUGGAGAGUAAAGCACUGAUAGGAUGUUGAGCAGUUCUGAACCGUUUGUCAUUGGUUAUGCUGUGUGAAACUAUUUAUCGGACCAUUCUUAUCAAUAAAUUCGCAGCUUAAAUCACA